AUGAUGAGUGAUAAUGAUGAGUAUACCUGUCAGAUCCUGACGACAAUGCUGGCCAGUGUUUGGGCCAGCUACGAGGAGGAACAUGGCCACGGGACAACCUAUCACGAGACUGCCAAGCAUGUAGAAAUCCCGAUCUACAAAAAGUACGCGAUUCCGAUUCCACAUCCGGUACCGGUGGCAGUACCUCAACACAUCAAGGUGCCAAUCCCUCAGCCGUAUCAGGUUCAGGUGCCGGUGCCACAUCCCGUUCCGGUGGAGGUGAUCAAACACGUGGAGAUACCUGUAGAAAAGCCCGAGCCCUACUACGUCGAGAAGAAGGUACCCUAUGUCGUGGAAAAGCCGUAUCCAGUGACGGUGGAAAAGCAUUUCCCCGUGCCAAUUCCGAAACCGUAUCCGGUCCACGUCCCCGUUUAUAAACACGUGUUCCAUCAUCAAAGCAAAGGCCAUCAUGGUUGGAAGCACUGA